CGCGUGAAUGAGAUGUUUACCUGCAAAACAGCAUUUGUAAUUAUUUAUUUGGGUAUUGUUUGAUCCUCAUUUGUUUUGAAACUGUACUGUUACAUCGCUCAGUUGCAAACUCUUUUACUUUAGCUACUUUCCAUUAAAAAUUGUUGGCAACACUGGGGUGUGUCACACUAAUCUGCGAGGUUUGCAGCUUGCAGUCCAGGAGGGAGUUGAAGACUGGGUGGGGCCCUUAGCAGGUGGAUGCGGAUCAGCCCUCAGCUCUCCCACACCGGGCGAGACCCAGUUAAUCUUCAGCUCCGCUGGCUCCUCGCUCGACAGCAAGUGCGCGCCCUAGCACAGGAACGCUAUGUUCAAAACCCGGAUGUGAGGGCUGCCAUGGGGGCCAUUAGUCUCAUUGCUGGAGGCCUCAUUCAGUAUAAAGGCAAUGUUCUUGGAGAAAAUCAGAUGAUGGAACUUCUGGAUUUGUGUGUUGGAAAGGAACCUGUUGAUCGCAUCAUGUUCCAACAGGACAUCGAAGUGAACGUCAACCAGCUGUUUCUUGCCUGGCCCAACAACUUCCCAGUGCAACCUAAUGAGAAGGGCCUCAUUAUAAUCAACAGAGCCCGAUGGGAAACAUGGCUGGCUCUCCUAGUUCGAGACGUUGAUCCUGUGAGAUCAGAUCAAAAUGUAUUUCAGGAUGCACCAGCGGCCUGUAAUCCAGCUCCCCAAGAAAAUGAGCUCCACCCAUGGGCGCUAGGAGGGAUCUUGGAUAUCAACACUGCGACCGGUGCUGCCGUACAAGGCCCUGUGGUGAUCCCCGCAUACCUUGCCCAGCUAAUUGCCCUAGCCGGGGCGAAACCAACUAGUGCCGCUGCUCGCCAGAAUUUUAUCAGUGCACUAGCUCUUGGGGUUACUAUCGUUACCAGCGGAGGGAACAUCACACAGUCAAAUCUCCGAAAAAUUAUUACUAAGGUCAAGCAUGAGACAAAUCUGGACAACGUGGAUUUCACUCGUGAGCAGGUCAUGAAAGGUUGGGACAUUCUCAACAAUCAUUUGGCUCCGCAGGGCCUGUCAUCACAUGACUUUGCUGCCCUCUUCGCUGGAGUCCGCACAGUUGUACAACCGAUCAGCUUGCAAUUGGCACUCCUUUGUGAUAAGACCGAGCUGAAAAUGCUCACUGGCAUUAACACAGUCAUUCGGGCCAUAAACUCCUUUCCUGACUUUCCGUGGACCGAGCUUAAUCUGCAGAUCAUUCGUAUUACUGGUCGCGAUGAAAUGGCAACGGUAAAACGAUUUUCUGAGUACAUAAAUCCGCAGCAACCUGCACCGGUGGCUCAAGGAGCAGCAGCUGGGGGACACUGGACCGGUUGGGCAUACGCUUUGCGUCAGGAAAAUCCGGGAAACUUCACUAAUUCAAAUAUUUGUAACCUUCUAUAUACUGCUUUACGUUUGUGCACCACGGUAGAAGGGGAUACGUCUCUUCUCAAUUACCAAGGCCUCUCAAACCAGACCAUAUAUGCUCGGCCACUGAUCAAUGAAUGGGUGCAGGCGUAUCAAACCAAGCGCCUGCAAAGAGAUCAUACCACCCAGUUCCCAGCACAGAUUGGAGACCCAAGUGCUGAUGUGUGACUAUCAUGCAAAACCAUCAUCUGUAAGAGCGUAUGCGAUGCAAACUGCAAUUGUGCUUUUUUAACUGUGAGAACAUUAUCCAAAGACUGAAGAGUAGUGAUGUUCAAUGAUACUACUGUUUGCACUUAUUUUCUUCCUUUGCUUUUAUUAUUUUACAACGCAGAAUGUAGAAAGAAAAUCACCAAGCUCUUACAGUUUUUUUUUUAAAGGAGUCUCUAUUGUUUGUUCUAAC